GUGGGGGUAGAUUGGUAAGCAAAACGAGUUGAUCAUCCGAUUCAAAGGUAUGCGGCCACAUUGCCAGUUUAACCACUUCGGUAAUUAUCGCGUCAGUUAACAAGUAUUUAAAAUUGAUACCGCCGAUGCAACUUGUUGCCCAGUUCUGUCUUUUUAGUGUAAGCUAGGGCUCGACUUAGACGGCCUGUGCCGUUUUACGGCCCCUAAAAGUGUAAAAAGGCUGGAAUUAGAAGCCAGGAAUUUGUGUUAGUCUAGUGAGGUGAAUGCUGCUGCUUGCCAAGCCCCAGUUCGGCUGUUACUCACAUCUGUUCCCUCCCUGCCUUUGUUGAGUAUCAGCAGCCAAUUGCAACUAUUUCCUCAAUAGAAACCCCUUGAAAAUGGACACACUCAACAGCUGCCCAUUACUGAUGGAAGGCGGAGAAAUAAACGCACGAUACUGAAGCUUCAAUAAUCCAACGACUCUUGCCCUUAAUGGCUCAUCAGCGGCAGAAAGUUCCUAACUAGUUAUACUGUAGAUAAUGGUUGGACCGUCUUCUCAAAUCAGCAAGCUCCUGGUCGGGCUGCUGUUCACCACGCUGAUUUACUACGUUUACAUGGACUACAAUCUCUAUGUGCGUAUUAGAGACUUUCCAAUCAAUGGCAACAACGACAACUCCAGUCUUGUGCAGUACCAAGCAGUAACUUGGGUGCAAUGCGAAAUCAACCCCUUGUGCGAGGUGACUGUUAAGGCUGUUUUACUAGACCACACCAACUACUACCUCUUGGCGCCUUCAGUGACUAUCAUAGAUGAUUUGGUGCGAAUUUCCGAUGCGCGCCUAAUAACUCCCAAUGCCAUCAGCUUUUUUCAUGUUUUCGUAGCAGUUUUAAGCGCGAAAUGCGUGUCCAGUGAUAGUUUGGCCUAUCGGCGCAUUGGAGUGGUGCUGUUUGAGUUCAGGACUUGGCUGGAUGACUUGGAUGGGCAUGUGGCUCGAGUGCGAAAGCACAUCAAAGGCGAACACUCGGAAAUUGGGACGUCAGGCUACUAUAUCGAUGGGAUAUGCGACGCAUUGGGCUGUACUGCUCUGAUCAUCGGGAUUUUAGCCUUCUUCAGAAACAAUCCCCCGCGUAGAGGAUACGUGCAACUUCCCACCACCAACACUGAAACCAAAGAUGGCCUGUAUACAAGCAAAGUGGCCAUAAAGAAGAUUGUUAAACGACUGGGGUUCUUCGUUAUCCAACUGAUCAUCAGCUCGGCUGCAUGGAACCGAUACAUAGCUUUGUAUCAGGACUUGUUGGAGAAUGACUGGGUUUCCUCCGCUGAAUCUUUGAAUCAGAACGCUAUUUUGACCAGUUCCUUCUUCUAUGGCAUCUGUUGGGUGUGGCGAGUGGUCAACAUCCACAACAUGCUCCACUGUUUGCUGUUGGCGAUUUUCUGCGAUAAAACCUGGGAAUUUUUGUGCUACAUGCAAUACAUGGGAUUCGGCGUCUUGUUCGCCGUCAUCUGCGCCACUGAGUUACAUUUCAUUGAGGCGAAAAACUUCGUUUUUAAUAGGAUAACUAAUGCGAAUGAUAGUUGAUAAGGCGUGUGCUCUCUAUUUUGAACGGUUUUCACUACUCGACCUGACAACUUCCUGAUUUACGCACAUUCUAUGGGUGCUUCCGUCCGGAAUUUCGGUUCUUUUAGUGGUUAGCGACCGUAAGUGAUACGAGAUUGGGAAAAUUGAAAAGUCCCAAAUAAGUCAGAAACAAAAAAUUUACGAAUUUCGUAGACACAUUGUUUAAAUUACGUUCGACAAGUAGCAAAUAUUGACCAUUUUACCAGUUUUUUAACAACUAAUUGACUGUUUCUCUUUCCACCUCUCUGUAAAUUUAUAUGCAUUUCCAAAGUAAUUUUAAAAAAUGCAUUUGUAUUUUUUAAGUUACCAUAAGUAUUAGAACUUCACUCACGUGACAACGAAAUAACUAUAAGAAGGGUAGAUAUUUUUACACGAAUUAGGCUUGUGGGACGUUGAGGAUGGUGCUAUAUUCUUAAUUGUUAUAGUUUUUAGUUUACUCAGCUGCACUGAAAUCAGUGCUUUGAAUGGUUUGCUUAUACUUUAACAAGGCCUAACCGAGAUUAAAUUCUGUGUGAACAAAGUGUUCUGUGAGCUGCACGCGAUGCAGAUACCGGGCCUUAAGCAAAAAGCUAAUCACGCACUAAUAAUCGUUGUUAUGGUGUGUUUGUUUCAUAGGAAGUAAAAAAGUAUAUUUUAA